AUGAUUGUAAUGGUGGGAGUAGUCCACAAUCUAAAACGUCGGAGUGUGCUUAGGUCUGUGCAUAAUUUGGAGCAUGAUAGUGCCAAUGAGCAGGAUGAGUGUACGGUCAAGGAUCUAGGUGAGGACACUAACAACAUGGAAUGCCCAUUAUCUGAUGUCCAUGCACCUGAAGGUCUAUCUAGUUUGGUAGAGUGUACAAGAAAAGUUGUACCGGCCACCCCUGUUGAUAAGGAGGACGUUAUAGUAAGUAAUGGACAUGUUGGCGAUGGUGAUGAGGCACUGAUUGAAAGCGGCAAAGAUGGUGGAGGUGUUGUAGAUGAAGUGUAUGGUGACGAAGAAUUGGAGAGCUCAGACUCCGAGAAGGGUGUUGCCGUGGACGGAGGUGAGGCACCUAAUGGCCAGCCGUGUGCAGUCCGUAGAGAUGGCAAGAAUCGUAACCCGACGGCAAAGGCUAAAUCUCUUGUGAAGCCCAAGUACCUGACUUUCUUGCUAUCUUCUGGAUUUAAAGUUGAUAAGAUUUUUUUCUCUCAACUCAUCAAAAAACACGAGUUUGUUUCUAGCAUUGCAACAUGCACAGUUAGCCGCUACACGGUGUGGAGGCCAAAACCAACACAACUAGAUUUGUUAGGGUUUCGUGAAGAGGUAGAGAUUUCUAGGGUUAGCUAA